AGGGGAGGACAGACGGAGUGGAAGUGGAGGGAGAGACGAGAGGAGUACACCAUGAAGUAGUGCCUUUGUCCGCCCCGGCAGCGCUGCCAUUUCACCGUCUGCCGAGAGUGAGGCAGCAGAAGAGGAGGGGAGAGGAGAGAAGAGGAGAGGAGAGUGACUUUGGGAAUUCGUCCGGCGCAUCAGGAGGGAGACACGGUUUGGGCUUUUGUUUGUGUCCAGGGAGUGGACGGACGGCGUGUCAGAAAGAGGAAGGAGAGGACGUCCAACAUGUCUGUCCUGUGACUAUAAAGGCCAGUUCUGGACACGUGUCACCUGUAUGUUUUCGAAAGUUAAAAAAAAAAAGGAACUCAUUGGAACAAUGAUUGCACUCACUUUUUCGUCCUGUUGACUUUCUAUUGUGUUUGAGCGAUUGCUGUUGAUUACAAUCAUUACCUUUUUGAAUUGCUUUUAUGCAAGAUUUUUACAGUUGCAUUGUGUCCCGACUCUUACCAGGCAUGCCCUAGUCUCCGAGCCGGUUGCAUGCCGCCGACAUGCCGUGUCAACAUUGAUUGGCUUUUAUAGCGUCUGGCGCUACGCCGGUCCAACUUUGAUCAUUUCCUGAAAGCUAUUGAUCUUUUCAGGGGUGAGCGGGGGACGGCGGUGCGGGUGCGGGGCUAGUCGGGAGUUUUGUCCUCCUGUUGUACGAGACUUUGCUCUUCACGUGGCAUCUUUUUAUGACUUCUCAGCAUCUCUUUUUACUGUCUGUUGCCAUGGCGACGGGCUGCAGCUGCAGACGGAGCAAAGCGAAAGUUCUUUUUGUUGUGUCUUAAACCCGGUGCUGCUCCAUUUGCUAAUUGUGCGCGUUGAGUCGGAACAGUCGACUGCGCUCGUGUGCAGUUUUUUGACUCCAGACGCCUGUGCCGCGCUCGCCAAGGUUGAUUCAGGUCACCUGUCUCCCCCUCCGCCGCCCCUCCCUCCCCAGUCUGUGUUCACCCAAUGGCGAGUCUCCACACCCGUCUUUGUCCUCAUCUCACCUUAAUGAAAAGCAGUCGGGCUGAUCAGUGGGAGGAUAAAUUGAUGCAGCUAAUUAAUGAUCAUUAUCAUAAAAGGUGUGUAGCUGACUCAGGUAGAUGGUCGUCACCUGACCUGCACCGUCCCCCGAUGUUCUCGUUGUGCUACUUUUAAGACCUCAACACAUGUUUUCUAAUCUUUUAUUACUCUGUACAUUUUUAUUCUGGGCAUCUGAGACUGUUUUCCCUUUGAACCAGGGCGACGUUUCCCCUCCUUCCCGGGCUGUCUCGCAGCACAUGCGGAUUCUCCAUGGUGCUUCGAACCCACGACCAGAUGGACGAGUAGCGCGCGUUGCUAGACGAUCCCUCUGUGGUGCUAGACUAACAGUUGUGGGCUGGUUUUUUUUGUUUUUUUUCCCAUUCUUGCACCCACGACCAAGCUGGUGCGUGAGACUUCAGUUGAAGUUUAUUAGUGCUAAGCAUUGUGACGGUGUUGUGGUGGUGAGGUGGACUGUUCGCCUUUAAGGUUGGACUAUGCAGACAGUAGACAGAAACAGCGUUUAUUUCUAGCGUUCUUGCUCUUCUCUCAGGUUACUAACCGCGAUCCGGGCGUGUCGUUUGAGGGCGAGCAGGGCAGUAUUUCCGAAAAUCAGGUCUCAUCACUAUCACAACACACCCGCUGGCCUUCAUUAGCCAAUGACCUGCAUCCUCUAGAGUUGCAUCACCAUCGUGCUACUGCAGUGUGUACAGUGGGUUGUGGGUUAGUUUUUGCCUCAUCCCUCACUUGAAGCGUGAGAGAAGAAUGCACUACUAACCUCAUAAGUAAAAAAAGAGAAAGAGAUGUGGUGGGUGUCUGAGCACACUGCAGCAAGCUAGUCCUGGAUAGUCCCACUCCUUAAGUCAUCAGUCACAGGAUUCUCACAGGAUUCUCACAGGAAUGAGGCAAAAAUACAACCUCACCUACUGUAUGUCAGGAUACAACUUUCCUAAGGUGCUCCGUUGCUGACUAAUUCAAACCACAACCGCCUCACUUGUUUUUUAGCCAUAUCAGGAACUUCAGUCAGGAACUUUUUUUGUCUUUCGUUUCUGGUGUCUAAACAUGUGCCGCCUGUAGUAUCCAUCGAGGAGAGACUUAACAGGCGGUUAAAUCAUUUUUUUUAAAAAACAAGGCGCUGUUUAACGGGCAAGCCUGGAGAACGGGCAAGCAGACGCGGGAGGGGGCGAGGGGGAGAUCAUCUGGAAGAGGCGAGAGGAAGUGGUGGCGCGGGAGAGGGCGGAGGCGCUGGAGAGGCAGAGGCUGGCCGAGUACAUUGUGUGGAGGAAGAGGGAGGACUUCCAGGAGAGGCGAGGAGACAGGGAGAGGAGAGACCGUAGUGUCGGGAAAGAAGGCAGGGAGGCCGCGCCAGAAGUCAUCUGGAAGAAGAGGCAGGAAGACGACGCGGGCAGGGAGACAGCUAGGGCGGAUCAGGGCGGACACCAAAUUGUUUGGAGGAAGAAGAAUUAAGUGUGCUUUUUAAAAAAACCAACAACAAGGGUGCUGCUACCAGGAGAUGGACACUAGCCAUAUAUUUGUAAGCCUCUUUUUUUUGUCCCUCUGCGGGUUGCAGGUGUGUUGUAUCGACCAGUUGAAGCGGUGUUUGUGUGUGUCGCCUUGUUAGUGCGCAGCCCCCAUGCCAUUCCCCUUGCUGGCUGCUAAUAGGGUUUUUAUGGGCCUGUGUCAAGCUGGACAGAGCUGCCGAGGGAGCUGCUUCUCACACACACACACACGUCUCAGAGCGGUAACACACACGCAUAUGCAAGCAGCCUUUUGAGAGUCAAUCACUUGAGUUGAUUCUGUUCGGUGCCGCUUGACAGCUGUGUCGCCGGCCCUCGCUGAGAGGCCAUUAACAAAAUACUCCCAGAUAUUGUUUUACAAGAUGGUCAAUCCACUUGACCCGCACGUCACAAACUGAUCACACAAAAUGAACUCGGAGUUGGAAAGUGAACUGAUAUCAACAUGACAAGGCUCACGACAAACAGUUUGCAUUCCGCCGUCAUCCGGAGCGCCGCUCUUUUGCUAAAAGACCUUUCAAACCUUGCUUUCAUUGUGGAUGAAGCCAUCUUUAAGGCGGUGCGCUCUGGGCCGCCUGCUAAUGUGUUCAGGAAGGACAAGUGUACAGAUGGAUGCCGCGCUGAUGCUGAGGGAGACCGGCUACGCGUCCUUAAGAGAAACAUUUUGUAUGCUGUAAGGAAGAGACUUUGAUUAAAAAAACUAAAAACUGACAACCACUAUGGAGCUUGUCCCAAAAACUAAGUACACCCACUUCAGGAGUGAAUCCCUGAGCUCCACCGAUGAGACAAACUCCAACCCAUCGUCUUUCCCUCCUUCCAGUCCUGCCACCCCUCUCACUCCCUCCCCUGGUUUACCUUCUUCUCUAUCCUCCUCCUCUCUAACCCCCAUCUUGCCUCCAUCUUCUCCCCGCCCGCCCGAGAACAGCCCCACCACCCUCUGCUCCUUUUUCCCAAGGAUGGGCUCUUUUCGCCUGGGCGUCUCUGCCACUCUUCUCCCAGGACUCAAGGCCUCCAGCAGGCAUUCGCGAGCGCCUGUUGACUCUCCCGGGGACGACAGGAGCAGCUCCAGCUCCUCCCCGCCGCUGCAUCACCCGCUACCCUCUUUAACCGCUCCUUCUCCCCCUCCGCGACCACUCUUGCAGGAUAUGAACCGGCUGGGAGGAGUGUCCAGGAGGGCACGAGUAGAGGGAGCUCAGCUCGGAGGAGAUGAGUGGACGCGGCAUGGCUCCUUUGUCAACAAGCCCACCAGGGGAUGGCUGCACUCCGACAAUGUCAUCAGCACCACCGGUGUUUCCUACUCUGUACGGUACAUGGGCUGCGUAGAGGUGCUACAAUCCAUGCGAGCGCUGGAUUUCAACACUAGAACUCAGGUCACCAGGGAGGCUAUAUCGGUGGUGUGCGAGGCUGUACCAGGAGCCAAAGGAUCCCAGCGCAGGAGAAAGCCUUCUUCACGCUGCCUCACGUCUAUUCUGGGCAAAAGUAACCUGCAGUUUGCUGGCAUGACAAUCAGCCUUACCAUCUCCACCAGCAGCCUCAACCUGCUGGCAUCCGACUGCAAACAGAUAAUCGCCAAUCAUCACAUGCAGUCCAUCUCCUUUGCCUCUGGAGGAGACCCAGACACGGCUGAGUACGUAGCAUAUGUGGCCAAAGACCCUGUCAACCAGAGAGCAUGUCAUAUUCUGGAAUGUUCUGAGGGUUUAGCCCAGGAAGUCAUCAGCACCAUCGGCCAGGCCUUUGAACUGCGUUUCAAACAGUACCUAAAGAACCCGCCCAAACUGGUCACGCCUCAUGACAGAAUGGCUCCAUUUGAUGGCUCUGCAUGGGAGGAAGAAGAUGACGAGGCUGUUCCCCUGCCUGAUGUCCCUUACUAUAAUAAUUUUCCUGGUAAACAACCUCCCGCUGGUGGUCUGGUUGACAUGAGAACACGUCCAGGAGCCACGCUGCCUUACGGACAGCCGGGUCAGAAUGACAUUCACAAGCAGCCUCUGCCGCCUCUGCCAGUAGGUGCCAAGGAAGGAGGACGAGAGCUGUUUGAUGACCCCUCCUACGUCAAUGUGGAUAAGCCCCGCCCCCCAGUCGCUGCAAAUGGAAACGCUCACAGAGAUGCUUUUGACAUGAAGCCAUUUGAUGAUGCCAUAGGGGUCUCUGGGCCAGUCCCAAUGACGACAGCGCCCCCUCUGGUGGAGCAGUUGCAGUGCGAGACCUGGUUCCAUGGCAGCUUAAAUCGCAGGGAAUCUGAGAGGCUGCUGAGCCGCGACGGAGACUUUCUGGUGCGAGAGUCGGGAACCACACCCGGGCAAUAUGUCCUUACGGGGCAGCAGGGCGGACAGCCCAAACACCUGCUUCUAGUUGACCCCGAGGGAGUGGUUCGCACGAAAGACCAUCGGUUCGAGAGCGUGAGUCACCUGAUCAGCUACCACAUGGACAACAGACUCCCCAUCGUGUCGGCGGGGAGCGAAGUGUGUCUGCAACAGCCAGUAGAGCGCCGAACCUGAUGGUCCCCGUCCAAA